CUCGCAUGCUGGUCUUUCUUUUGAGAGAAGAUCGCCAGUGUUAUCCCUGCCCUUCCUCUCGUUAAUCCCAGUAUCUCUCUGUCUCUGGAUCGCCAAACUUUCGUACGAAUAUUCCCCAUCCGAGCGCUUCCUGGCUCCCUUCCAGAGUUCCCAGCGCUGGCAGUUUAAUGAGAUCCAUCCUGCCCACCCCCGUCCCGUCGAGGGGGAGGAAGAGAGACUCCUCCUUUUGUGAGUCAUUCCCGGGCAAGUUGAGAGGGGAGGCGCGCAGCCCUCACGUUCCGGGCGGCUUGGAGAAAGAAGACGGCUAAGAGCGAGCGAGCAGGGAGCCUCUUUCGCCCGGCAGGGGUUUUCCUCGCGGUCCGUAGCUCCGUCCAGCCGGGGAGUCUUCCCGCCCCACCCUCGAGCCCAGCCAUGCUUGCCCGGGCCCUCCUGCUCCUCUCCAGCCUGCUUUGCGCUUGCGGCUUCAACCUGGACGCCGAGGCGCCGACGGUGCUCCGCGGCCCCCCGGGCAGCUUCUUCGGUUUCUCGGUGGAGUUUUACUUACCAGCAGAGCAGAGUUUCAGUGUCCUUAUUGGAGCACCCAAGGCCAAAACAAAUCAGCCAAAUGUUACAGAGGGAGGUGCCGUCUACUACUGCCCUUGGCAUCUUGACACCAGCAGCUGUAUACCCAUCGAAUUUGACAGCAAAGGAUCCCGUGUGGAUGAACCAAUGGGCCAAAUGGAAUUCAAAUCCAUGCAGUGGUUUGGAGCCACAGUGAGAUCACACGGCAGCUCCAUCCUAGCCUGUGCCCCCUUGUACAGCUGGCGAACCAACAAGGAAGAACCUGAGCAGGAGGUGGUGGGCACCUGCUACCUGUCAGUCAACAACUUUACCAAGUUUGUGGAAUAUGCACCUUGCCGCUCAGACCUGAACUCAGCCCGUGGACAAGGCUACUGUCAAAGUGGAUUUAGUGCUGAAUUUACAAAGACUGGACGUGUUCUUCUUGGUGGCCCUGGAAGCUAUUUUUGGCAAGGCCAGGUGCUAUCAGCAACUCAGGAUGCCAUUGAGCAGUCCUACGACCCUGAAUAUUUAAUCCUGGAGGUGAAAGGGAAGCUCGAAACACGACAGUCUCACAUCAACGCUGACGACAGUUACCUCGGCUACUCUGUGGCUGUAGGUGAAUUCAGCGGAGACUCCACUGAAGGUACUAAUGUGUUUAGGGGAAGUAGCUUUGGUGAUGGAGACGGAGAUAAGACUGGUAUCUGGGCAUUUUUUGGAGAGUAAACUGUUCAACUGUUCAAACUGUUUACCUUGCACCUAAAGCAUCCAUUGCAUUCUGAACAAAUUAUGCAAAUCAGAUUUGUGAAGUAGUGUAUGUGUUAGGCUGACAANUGAAUUGUAGCUUUGUUGUU